AUGGAGCGCGGAGCCGUGGAGCUGGGCCGAGCGGCUGCCUCUCGGCGUGGUAGACGGCGCGGCGCUGGCAGCCUCGAAGCCUUCGCGGCGGAAGCGGAGGCUGCGCUGAGAGCUUGCCUGGAGGGCGGGGGGGGCGGCCCAGAGGCGAAGCUCCCGUGCCCUCUUGCCAUGUGGGAGCUCGGGCACUGCGACCCAAAGAAAUGCACCGGGAGGAAACUAGCGCGGAAUGGGCUGCUCCGAACCCUGCGCCUCAGCCAGAGAUUCCCGGGCGUCGUCCUCAGCCCUCUGGCUACCGAGCCCGUCUCUCCGGCUGACAGGCAUGUCGUUGCCCGGAGCGGAAUUGCAGUCAUAGAUUGCUCAUGGGCCAAAUUAGAAGAAACUCCCUUUAAGAGAAUGAGAGGAAGUCACCUACGGCUGCUGCCUUACUUGGUGGCUGCAAACCCUGUGAACUAUGGUCGGCCGUGCAAACUGUCCUGCGUGGAAGCUUUCGCUGCAGCCUUUUGCAUUGUCGGAUUCCCAGACCUAGCCACCAUUCUUCUAAGGAAAUUUAAGUGGGGUCAGGCAUUUACUGACUUGAACAAAAAUCUCUUGGAAAGAUAUGCAGCCUGUCAGUGCCAGGAGGAAGUGCUCAGAGUUGAAAAGGAGUUUUUAGCCAGUGUCCAAGAAACAAAAGAGGAAGAAAUAGAUCCAUUUGAUGUUGACUCGGGGAAAGAAUUUUGUAAUCCCAACAGACCGCUCAAUUCCUCAGGACUAGCACAAAGCAAUGAAGAAUCUGAGGACAGUACGAGCACUCCAGAUGAUGCCACUGAAAGCAGUGAUGACAGCAGCCCAGAUGAUCAUGGUACAGUAGACUUGCUGCAAUAACCACCAGUAAACCAACCGCUUGAAAAGUAAAAAGAAGUCAUCAUCAAACCAACCCCAC